CUGAUGUCAGUCACGUGGCUUUCAACAAUGGCCAGGCUUGAUGGGAUCCUCCCACGAGAAGUUUCUGCUGUCCGGCUGCUUUCGAAAACAACCGGAAACAAACCCCAUCAUUCCCAGCAGGGGCUAUUUUCGUGAUCUCCCAAACCCAUCAUCAUGCGAACUCCCGGGAUUUUCAUUUUCGGGAUGGUGCUCGCGCCCUGCGGGUGGAUUCUGGAGCUGAUCUGCACCGUGGCACCAGCCUGGCGCACGAUCAACAACCUCCCGGGACAAUCCAGCGACCUGGUCCUCCAGCAAGGAUUAUGGGACAUCUGCAGGACUUUCACAUCGUCCCGGGACAUUCAGUGCAACCAGCAGGACACGCAGUACUUCAGCGCGCAGAUCAUCGAGAUCGCGCGAGCUCUGAUGCUGUCCUCGCUCAUUCUCAAUCUCAUUGGCAUCGGCGUGGCGUCAGUCGGAGUCCGAUGCUGGACUGAGAAACCGCACUGGACGGUCGCUGGGGUCGGAGGUCUCCUCAUCUUCAUCUCAGGGGUCCUCACCAUCAUCCCGGUGGCGUGGUACACUCACAUCAUGACCUCCAUCUUCUCCGCCUCCACCGAUGUCCGUGUGGGAUACUGCCUGGUGCUGGGCUUCAUCGGCGGGAUCAUGGAGGUCCUCGGAGGACUGGUGAUGUCCAUCGGCUUGUGUCGGCGCUGUGGCGCUCGGAAGCGCGAUGAGAGGCCGAGGGCGUUCCCGGUGAAGUCCACGCGCGGUCCGUCUCCAGCGCACCGAGUCACGGUGCCCAGCAUCAGCAGCAGCGUCAGCAGCGUCCCGUAUUACUCCAGACCGAGUGAGACGGACUUCACACGGGACAAGAGACAGCAGGACAGCACUGCUUACAGAGCACGACCUUACGACACAGAUUUGUGAUUAAAGAACUUUAAAUCCUGUAAAUCACCAUGGCACUUAAAAUCACUGAUUUCUAUUAUAGUCUCGAUAUAUUAUAGAUCAGUGGUUUCAUACAGUUACCAGAGUUUAUCGAACAGAUAAAAAUACAGUUUAUUUUUUCAUUACUAGUGUCUGGUUAUCCCUAAAAUAUUCUAUAAUUUCACCGUUUACUGUAAAACUGGAAAAACAUGUAUUUUGUCCACAGUGAAUUUCAUUUUGUUUACUUAUAUAGCUUACUUGUUUAGGUUACUUAUUAUAUUCAAGUUUAAAUUGACUUCUGAGGUAACUGGAAUAUAUUUUUCUGAGGCCAUUUGUUUGCAAGAUUUCUUAAGUGCCUUAUUUUACAAUGAAAAAUUUUUUUUUUUUCUAAUUAAAAGUUAGAGUCACUGUGAAAUCUACAGUGAAAACAGUAAAAGAAAGUUUAUAUGGUUGUUUCUACUACAUUUUAUUCCGGUCAUGUGUUUUAUGUUAUACUGUAGGAUGUUUAGUUCAUGUUGAACAUUAUUGUUUGUACUGUCUAUAUGUUUUUAUUAGCCGUGGUUCGCAGAAAAGCUAUUUCGAUUAACUGUAAAUCAUCAUGUGACCUUUAGUUGUACUUCUUGUUUUAUUAUGGAGGUUAUCGGUCAUGUCAACUCAUAAAUAUUGUUCUACUGAAGAGCACUAACACCAUUUGUUUGGUUUGAUAUAUGUUGCACUUUAUAUUGUGAGGCCCUCAUCAUUGUAGUAACAGUGCCUUAAUGACUUUUUGUAGUACUUUGGCUCUAAUGUGUAUAUAUCUAACUUAUUAGGAACCUCUUAUGUUUGUAGAGUUAUACCAACAACAAAAAAACGAAUAUUCUUCUGAAGGAAGCUAAUCUUUGCACAAACACUGCACUGGGCUUUGAAUGUUUGCAGACAUGUAUGUCACUGGUGUUUACGAUAGACAGAAUGAUACGCAGUUAUCUUUGUGGAAGUGUUUGUCAAUGAUAAUGUCGUAAUUGACAUCCACCCGUCAAAUUAAGGGGAAAUGACUGAAUGUAUUUUUAUGAUUGUGAUGGGUGAACACUGCUCUCAUAUAACUACCUGAAUUAAUAUAAUAAUAAUAAUAAAAACAGUUUGCUUUGAAGAGAUGUUGAGUACAAUUUUAUGCAUUCUUAUAAUAAAUAUUAUCCUCUUAUUGCUGUUU